AUGUCUAUCGAAGUCUACCACCUCCACCUAUCCCAAUCUGAGCGCAUUGUCUGGCUCCUCGAGGAGUUGGAUAUUCCAUACAAUCUGCACGUCUUCAAGAGAAACCCUACGACUGCGCUCUCCCCAGAUGAUCUCAAGGCUGUCACCCCCUACGGCACGGCCCCUUACUUUCGGGAUACUUCAGUGACUCCAGAGGUGACCCUCUCCGAGUCUUCUGCCAUUGCUCAGUACAUCCUGGCCAAGUAUCCUGCCUCGUCAAGUGGUUCCCGCAUGAUCCGGGAGCCGUCCGACCCAGACUUUGCCCAGUACCUGCAGUGGUUCCACUACGCAAACGGCUCCCUCCAGGCCUCGGUAUCGCGGCAAAUGACCAUUGUACUGGCCGGGCUGGGCAACAGCGACGUGGCCAAGAUCUUCAUGGCCCGUUUUGCGAGCCAGCUCAAGAUUAUCGAAGCGCAUCUGGGCGAGAACAAGUGGUUUGCCGGCGCGGAACCCUCGGCCGCGGACGUCAUGUCCAUGUUUAGUCUCUCCACCAUGCGCGGGUUCAGCCCGUACAAUCUAGGCCCCUACCCCAAUAUCCUCCGUUGGAUGAAGGACGUGUCCGAGCGGCCGGCGUACAAGCGGGCCCUGGAGAAGGGCGAUUUCGGCAUGGCGCCCAUGAUUGAUCCGAUCACUAGAAGAUUUACAGAGUUUCCGAGCUUCAAGAAGGCACUAGAGAGUGUUGAGGUUUGA